GUUUCAGACGUGGUUUCCUGUCUGCUUAGUCGGGAUGGCGUGGCGGUCCCAGCGGCAGAGCCGGCCCGUGGUGCAGGCCACGGGACAAUCAGCUGAGAUGCUUAAAAAAACAACACCCUUGUAAUUGGCUUGUCUCAGCUCUUCGUCUGUGCAGUUUUGUCCGGGAUCACAUUUAACCAAUCGUGAAAGAAAAAGCCGACAGGAAAACAACACAAAACGUCUUAGAGACUCUUCUCUCUCUGUUACAAAAACAAAAAAGAGGUCUUUUGGGUGAUCUAAUUCCCACUGCAUUUCUACAGUCCUUCACCCCCCCACAAUGGCUUUAGUUUUCUAAACCAGUGGUAGCCUGGGGAAAAGCUGCUUGGCACCAGACUUAGAGCAGAGGUUUCUACUGGUGUCAUUACGCCAGUGUAAGCAUACAAGGGCAAAUUGCCUUGACAUAGAAAAACGCCAGUACAGCUGAGCUGGGAAACCUCAUCUAAGAAGCAGUCCUAUUUCUACUCCAGGACAUAGGGUGGCCUCUGCAGCUGAAUUUUUUUAAAUGAAUGUUUUACUUCCUAGUAACUCUCAUGAAAGCAGUGUGUCCUAACACAGUGUGUGUUCUUAGCCAAGUGUUAUCAACUUCCUCUUAGCUGGUGUGAAAACUGCCUUCCUUCCUGCCAAUGGUAAAGGAUUUCCUGCAGGAAAACUGAAAGAAUCAAGCGGUUUAAAAGAUGUAGUCAGCAAGAGUUUAGGCAAUAGCAGGGUAUAAGGGAGUCUAGAGCCUAGAUGUACUGCUUUGAGGAGUCCAAAACUGUGGCAGUUAAAACAAUACUGGGCCCUGAAUCAAGCCAUUUUACGUCAAGUCUAAUAGAUAGUUACUGAGCCCUGGGAGCAUAAUUUUGUGAUUGUGAGAUGGUCCCUUUAGACACGCACUUUUCUAUUCUUCCUUUGAUCCAGAUGGACAGUGCAAAGGUUAGCGCUGCUUCAAGAGUCCAAGGUUUAUUAUCAUGGCUUGUAGUUCAUGCAGAGAAGCACAGACUUUCAACAAAAAGGAUAACGAUAACAAGAGUUAGAAAGGGGUGGGGGGACCUUGGGGGAACUGAACACUUGAUUGGAAUUUUCAAAUAUUAAAUAAUCAUUGGACUGUUGAACUACAACAGCUGGCAGAAAGCCUGUAAUUAUUUUUAAUGAUAGAUAUCUGCUGCAGACUUAUUUUAUCUUUGGAUUCGACAUAGGAGCAUUGUGUCAGCUCUUAAUCCUUCUCUUCUGUAGAAAAUUAUUUGUAAGUUACUUGUGUGCCUGGUAUCUUUUUGUGUUGCAUGGUGCUAUUUUAUAUAUUAUGCUUAUGAACUUUAUUAGCUAACUUCCAAUAAGUUGCUUAGUUCUUGUAUGUUUUAUUUCUUAGUAAAAUCCUAAAUUUGCUGGGGGAAAAGCAACAAAGGAGAUAGUGGGCUUAGAAACAAGGAACUGGGGAAGAAAGGGAGAACGAGAAAUCCCAAAUGGUUUAAAUUUCACUCAUCCUAGACAGCUUCUUUUCCAGCUAGUAAGUGUUUGAAGUCUAUGAAAAGUCUUUUUGCUAUAUUUAGAUGUUUUGUCAUACUAACUGCUACUUGUACAGUAUUGAGAGACAGAAUACCAAUGAGAUCUUUCACUCUUCUUUCUCAUCUGAGCACACAAUGUCUUCUGGAGACAACCAGCAACUUCAGACACUCACUAAACCAGCACUCCAUGAAAAGGAGGCCAUUGAAUUGACUGAAAGGGUAUUUGGAUUAAAAGUGUCUGAGAUCAGAGCACUCCCCAGCUAUGAUGAUCAGAAUUUUCAUGUGCGUGUUACAAGGAAGGAAGGAACAGCAGAUUGUGCUGAUGAUUAUGUCCUCAAAAUAAUCAACUCUGAAGACAGCCAGAAUCCUGAACUCAUUGAAGUGCAGACACGGAUCAUGAUGUUUCUGAAUGCUGAAGGGUUUCCUUCAGCUGUGCCCCAUCUGACUAAAGAUGGUAACAUCAUGUCUCUAGAAUCAAUAGGUACUGGGUCCCUGACAAAAAAGUACAUGGUGAGAUUGCUGACCUACCUCCCUGGCACACCUCUGGCAAAGUGCCCUACCAAUCCUCAGAUUUUGUAUGAGAUUGGAAAGCUAGCAGCUAGACUGGACAGAGUUCUUUCAGAGAAAUUCCAUCAUCCAUCAGUAAAAAGUCUUCAUCGAGGGAAGUUCAUUUGGAACUUGGCAAAUGUUCCUCUUUUGGAUCAGUAUAUUCAUGCCCUGGGCCAGAGCGAAUACUGUGAAGUUGUGAGCCAAGUAAUUCAACAGUUUAAAGAGAAAAUCUUACCCAACCUAAGCAAUUUUCGAGCCUGUAUCAAUCAUGGGGACCUUAAUGACCAUAACAUCUUGGUGGACUGCAACCCUGCAUCUUCCUCUGAGAGGGCACAGUACAGAGUGACUGGCAUUCUGGAUUUUAGUGAUAUGAGCUACGGUUACUAUGUAUUUGAAGUAGCCAUAGCAAUCAUGUACAUGAUGAUUGAGAGCAAAGAUCCUCUCAGCGUUGGAGGACAUGUGCUUGCAGGGUUUGAAAGCAUCGUGCCAUUGACGCCAGAGGAGAGAGGUGCCCUCUUCCUUUUGGUGAGCGGUAGGUUCUCUCAAUCGCUGGUAGUAGCGGCUCACACUUUGCAGUUAUAUCCUGAAAAUCAGGAAUACUUGAUGAUCACAGCCCGAGUGGGAUGGAAGCACUUAGUCCAACUGUUUGAGGUGGGCCAAGAAGUGGUUGAGAAGAUCUGGUUUGAAACUGCAGAUGCCUAUGCCAGUGCUGCCCAGGCCUAGCUUGCAUAUUUCCACUGAGGAGAUACACAGGGAUGUAAGGAAACCUGCAACUUGCAGUGCUGGGACUGGGCUGCAGUUAUUAAACGUAGGUUAUGACAGAAGCUAUA